CAGCACCGGCGUCCCCACUCUGGAGAAGGCCUAGAUGAGGAAACUGAGACCCAAAGAGAAACAAUAACUUGCCCAGGGUCACCUCCAACAUGCAGACUCCUGCCAUGGUAUUUCUGUCACUUGUGUCCAUGGGCCUCAUGGAAGCACCACAGGUUCACGGUCACUCCAUCACUGGACGAGACCUCUUCUCUCAAGAAAUGCCCCUGGACAUGGCCCCAGCCUCUUUUGAUGACCAAUAUGCUGGCUGUGCAGAGGCCAUGAUGGCUGCCCUCCCAGCUCUCAACCUCACAGAGUUCCAGGCCAAUAAAGUGUAUGCAGACGGCUGGGCACUGGCCAGCAGUCAGUGGCAGGAGCGCCAGGCUUGGGGGCCAGAGUGGGGCCUCAGCCCUACCCGCCUACCCCUGAGACCCCCUGGCUUUCGUGAUGAGCAUGGGGUGGCUCUCCUGGCCUACACCUCCAACAGCCCCCUGCACAAGGAAUUCAAUGCAGCCGUGCGAGAGGCAGGCCGCUCCCGGGCCCACUACCUCAACCACUUCCCCUUCAAGACACUCCAUUUCCUGCUGACUGAGGCCCUGCAAGUACUAGGCAAAGGCCAGCGUCUGCCCCGGUGCCACCAGGUGUUCCGAGGGGUACAUGGCCUGCGCUUCCGGCCGGCAGGGCCUGGGGCCACUGUCAGACUGGGGGGCUUUGCCUCUGCCUCCCUGCAGAAUGUUGCAGCUCAGCAUUUUGGUAAGGACACUUUCUUUGGCAUCUGGACCUGCCUCGGGGCCCCUAUCAAGGGCUACUCCUUCUUCCCUGGUGAGGAGGAGGUGCUGAUCCCCCCCUUCGAGACCUUCCAGGUGAUCAAUGCCAGUAGACCUGUCCAGGGCCCUGCCCGCAUCUACCUCCGGGCCCUGGGCAAGCGCAGCACCUACAACUGUGAGUACAUCAAAGGUGAGCAUGGCGCGCCGGGCAGCAGCCCCUGUGUGGAGGUGGACUUCCCCAGGCUGUUUCCAGAGGAUACAUACCUAGCUAUUAAGAAACAAGCAAGCAGUGAGGAGGAGGCAGUCCUGACCCUCUGCACCUCCACACUCUCCAUCUACGGGGAGACACAGCCUGAGGCAGCAUUCUUCCUGUCCCGGGUGGUGUCUACAACAGAGUUGGUCACUUGCUUGCUGGGAGGCCAAAGAGGGAUUCCUGACCAGGGCAGGCAAUUUGUCCCCACUUUUUGAUAGCUUUCCUAUAAAACUAUGAGACAAGGACUUAUAUAU